UUAUUUACUAUAAUCAAAAACGAUUUCAGAGGACAACAUAUUCCACUCAUUCGAAUCUAACAUGUAUUAUUGUGUAGCUAGAAUCGAACUGCGACAGUCUUAUUUCAUAACCGUAUCAGCUUGUUGCUUGUUUAGCUAAAAACGAUGGCAAAGAGUGAUUCAUUUGAAACGCAUGAUAGUUGGUUCAAUUGGACAACAUAUUCUCAUAUGAUGCUGCGAGCAAUCGAAAGGUCAAUUUUAGCACAUCUGCGACUUCCGUAUCGAGGGACGUUCGUGGACAUUGGACCAUGCGUUGGAGAGGCUGACAAAAUUUGGACAAUUUCGAUGAACAAUGAAACGAAGCGCACGCCCAUUCUCAUGCUCCAUGGUCUAGGUGCAGGCGUUGCUCUAUGGGUGCUUAAUCUGGAUGAGAUAGCCCAGCACAGACCACUUUAUGCGAUCGAUGUCCUUGGAUUUGGUAGAAGUUCUCGGCCAGUAUUUGCGGACGAUGCAAUGGUAGCCGAAAAACAACUGGUGAAAUCGAUAGAUGAAUGGCGCAAAGAGAUGGGAUUGAAAAAAAUGAUCGUUCUCGGGCAUUCUAUGGGUGGGUUUUUAGCUGCUAGCUACGCGUUAUCAUAUCCCGAUCGAGUGGAACACCUAAUAUUAGCUGACCCUUGGGGUUUUCCGGAGAAACCAACCGAUCUAGAAAGCCGGUAUAAAAUCCCAUGGUGGGCGAAACCGAUAGUAGCAUUAGCAAAAUCAGGAAACCCUCUCUGGGUGGUUCGCUUCUUUGGGCCAUUAGGAUCAUGGUUGAUUGGCAAAACUAGAGGAGAUAUUAUGAGAAAGUUUUCAGGAGUCGUGACUAACCAGGACGAUAUUCCGAACUAUAUUCAUCAAUGCAACGCACAAAAACCAACUGGUGAGAGUGCAUUCCAUUCGAUGAUGCAAGAUUUGGGUUGGGCCAAGAAUCCCAUGAUAAAACGCAUACCGGAUUUAAAACACAAUGUGCCUAUAACGUUUUUGUAUGGAUCUCGGUCGUGGGUAGACAACUGUGCAGGAGAUACAAUCAGACAACUCCGUCAACAAAGUUAUGUCAAGGUACACUCUAUUGCGAAUGCUGGUCAUCAUGUGUAUGCAGACGAUGCAAGCUCUUUCAACAGGUUGGUAAACGAAGCUUGUGCCAUUUUUGACGUGGAACAAAAAAGGAUUGAGGAGGUAGCUAAAAUUCAGGAGAAAAGUACCACGUGACAGUAGGGAUAAGCUUAGUUAUUUCGAACUUAAAUUAUAGCUCGUCACAUAUCUUGACGAUUUUCAGUUAUUGAAGUAGUAUUUUUGUUUAUAAUAUUUAUAUUAUAAUUAUCAUAUUGCAUAUAUUUAAAUUGAAUAGAUUUAUGUUUGAUUCAUUUAUCAUUGGUAGCUCUAUUACAUUAGAUUUUGAACAAAUUGCUUGUCAAAAAGAUUCGCCCUGGUGGCACGAAAUAAUAUAAACAGACCAACAAAUAAAAACGAUGACCGAAAGAAAUCCAUGAUAAAAUGUUUAACAUCAAACUAAUGGAUCCAAUACAC